AUGUCGGUUUUUGAAUACGGACGAGUCCAGGAAGCAUGGAAAGAUAAGGACGGCAUUGAGCGAACUGCGUCUGAGCUCCUUGAACCAGAACAUAUCGGCAACAAAGAGUACCUAAUGAGAGUCGAUAUGCGAACAGACGCAUUUAUGAAAGGGAGAAUUGCAUUUGGACCGAAAGGAGUUAAGAAACCCGCGUCAGUUGGAGAAGACCAACUGGUGAUCUUCUUUGAGCCUACAAGUUUUCUGGAGGCUAUUAUUGAUGGAAAUAAAUUGAAGCUGUCCGGAAACAACAUGGAAGCUCUCAUUAUUAAGCCAGGGCGGACGUACGCACUCAAAAACCCAGCGAAAGAGAUCAAGUAUUUCGACUUCACUUUGCUGAAUGGUCCCUUUGGCGAUAUCAAUGAAGAGUCAAACGGGGAAAUCUCCCUUACCGAACAUACAGAAUACGAUCCUGAAGCUACCGAAGAAGCCACCCAAGGUUAUACUUUGAUGACAACCGAUGGAUCUGAGAAAACUGGUGUAACAGAAGGAACUACGCGUGUCUCUUCCGACGAAUUUUCUGAAGAAGAAUGA